AAGCAUCCAUUGUGGCUUAACUGCCUCGAGAGAUCUGCUUCUCGUCCUACCGGAAUAUACUACCGCCAGAAGCGCACGAGACCUGCACUUCGAAACAGAAGCCGGAUAUCAUAUAUAAAUACAAUGCCUCGACCAGAGCAACCUCCUACGCCGGCCUCCUCGACCGAGAUUAAGAGUAAGGAUGGAUCACAAUUCACUUCUCUGCAGAUGUCUUUCGAGCUUCCUCCUCCUGCGGUAGCCGGCAUGGAAUCUCAACCGUCCAGUGCCUCCUCAGUAAAGUCCUCGUCUGCUUCCUCAUAUCACCCCACUUCGCCCAGAUCUCCUGCUAUUCCUGCCAGUGAGGUAGUCAAGAUCCGUAGAAGAUCGUCUGCUGCCCAAACACCCACCAAAGACGCCUUUGCACUACCCCCACCUCCAACGAGAUCCCGAAAGAUCAUCCAGAUGAAGCCUCGUGGUCAACCUGAAGAAGUCGCAGAGACAUUGAAUGAUACGGCGAAGGCACCAGUAGGGAAAUCUGCGGCCUCUACGCCGAAGAAGAAGCAGCCGUCCUCGACAAGCGUAGCGGGGCGGAAGAUCGCUCGAAAGACGGCACAUAGUCUGAUUGAGCGGAGGCGACGAUCCAAGAUGAAUGAGGAGUUCGGAGUGUUGAAAGAUAUGAUACCAGCGUGUACUGGAGAGAUGCAUAAGCUGGCCAUUUUACAGGCGUCCAUUGACUAUGUUCGAUAUCUUGAGGAUUGUGUUGCGAAACUGAAGGCUGAGAAUAAUCGAAGUAAUGCGACGCCAACCACAGAACAACAAUUCCAGCUGCCUCCACCAGCGAGUCGAGGGUCAUAUGGUAACACUCCAAGACAGUACCAAUCUUACGACGAGCAAGAAGAUGUUGAGAUGGGCGGGUCGGAACAAGCUUCUCCCACAUAUUCCACACCAGUUGCACACUCGAAUCGCCCUUCCGAGUCUCCAGCUCCUCAAGAUUCGAGAAAUCGACAAGACUCAUACUCGUCUGUCUCCACAGAUCAGCGACAUUACAGCUUCAGCGCAUCUUCCACAACCUCACCCGCACUUGGUCCUGCGGCGUACGAAUAUGCUCGAAGUGCUGCCUCAGCGGGUUCUGCGCUGACAAGUCCUGCUCUUUUGCCACAACGGGACAUGGAUCAAGAAGCCACUGCUGCUCUCCUCAUGUUGAACUCUGAUCGACGAGGAACUCAAGGCAGCAUCAGUGGAAGAGGGAUGAGCGUGAAGGAUUUGCUGACUACAUAAAUCUCCUAGCAUUGAAACAUGUCUUAUGAUUAUGGCGUUCAGCGGUUAUGGAGGAUCUUUGAGGCUUAGAAAUGCCUAUUGCAAUUGCGCAUAUCGUGGUUCCUAAUUCCCACCACCAAAGAAAUAAAUCAGAAUUCAGCAUAAACUCACCAGUCGCAGGUGCAUCGAGCCCACCCGUCAGACUCUCGCGCGAACGGAUCAUUAGUGACCUGAUAGAACUGUCAAAGGGAUCGAGAAAGCGUUUAGGCCAGUGCCAGAAGUAUCAA